AUGAUGGUCGGGCUGGUGUACCUAGGAGGACCUGGGGAGUCGGCCGGAUGGCUCAAGCCAGUGGUUGUGGGGAAAAACCGCAAACCACGAGGACUCAAGGACAUUAUGACGAAACUUCCGGUAGAGUACCAUGAGAGUGCUUCAGCCUGGUUCAACCAGGACGUCACAACGAAUUGGUUUCACCGGUCGUUUGAUCCAUCGGGUGUUAUCGAGAGCGUCAAGAGGCAUUACAGAAACUUGUACCUCCAGCAGUGCCUUGUCGUGGUCGAGGAUGGGAUGGAUGAGCCGGAUUAUGUGGACACUAGGAGGAGGAAGACCAUAGAAAACUUCAACGACUACAAAAUUAAGGACGCUAUAUUUAACUUGGCCGAGGCUUGGCAGCAGGUGCCUCUUGCAACACUUCGCCAUGCCUGGUGCAAGUUGCUAAAAACUCCCAAAAUUCCAUCGCUUGGUCGUAAAGAGUUUGAGGGACUCGAGAUUCCCAGGAUCGUGAAGAUGCUGCAAGAAGCUGGACAGGGAGAAUUCCAGCCCGAGGAGCUGGUGGAGUGGGCGGAGGAAGACUUUGGUGUGCCAGGCUACCACCACUUGACCGAGGAGGAGAUAGCCAGCAGUGUGCAGGGUGGUGAGACAACUGCUGAGGAGAAAGAGGAGGAUGAGGAAGAAAGAACUGCACAGGGCCCGUCUCUGGCAGCAGGGCUGGAAUCCAUUGCCACCUGCCUUAGUCUUAUAGACCGUGUAGGGAAACCCCUUGCCAACCACUACGAGGGUCUGAGAGUUUUGAGGAGGCAGGUUAUACAGCUUCAGCAGGCCAAGCUUAAGGUCGGGUCUGAGGCCGGCAGGAAGGAAACUCAGGAGCCUGAAACGUCCCUGUGGCGCAUGGUCUUGGUACGGCUCCAUGAGAGUUGCUAG